AACGGAGAGACACAGGAGAGCAGUAUGUAGCUCGUAGAACCGUUUUAUCCCCAACGAUUUGAUCAUGUGAGGGAUUAAAGAAGCCUUCUUUAUCAACAUGAAGUCGGAUUUUCGGGGGAGAUAGUUGAUACCGAGCCGCCGUGCAGGCUGCUGACCGGGAGGAAUGCGCAGGGGGAGCUCAUUUUCCCGGACCGUGGUGGUGGGAGGUAACGGCCCCCGCAGUGUUGUUAGACCGAGAGAGAGCGGCUAGUGUCAGCUAGCUAGCAAAACAGGAGAACUUCCGGAGGAUAUUUUCAAAAUAAAAAAAAGCUCCGGCGAGAACACGGUACGUUUGGUUGAAGUUGUCCAGAUUAAAUUUUUCUGACACACUUAAAACACGUAUAGACGAAGACGUAAUGGGUUUAUGAGUAUGUUGCAACGAUUAGUUGACCCUAUUCUUUAUACACGCAAAAUCGAGGACCGUGCUGCUUUUACUUUAGAAGCACUUUCCGUUUCCCUAGCCCAACGGUUCUUAUAACUAGCUAGCUUGACACAUACAAGACGGGGUGAAGUUACAAAGCCUCGAACCAAAACAAGACUUCACUGCCUGUGGUGGACAACGGAUCCUUCUCAUGAAUGGGACCCACCUCGUCUCAAUGUGUGUUUUUCGAGUCAAAUGCCUUUUUUAACCGCAGGACCUGUCCUUUAUCUGAAAUCGGAGCCCCGGUGAAAAAACAACGGUUUGUCCUUUUAAGAUCAAAAUGUACUGUCCAACACUGACAAACAAGAAGAAGCUCUUGUAGCGGGAGGAGGAUCGCCUGCCCUAACGUUUCCUCCUCCUCCUCCUCCUCCUCUUCCUGGGAUCAAUGACGGGACCCAACUCCCCAAGCCGGACCGGCACCUCCCCGGCCAAGCUGAGCAGGCAUGGCCGAUCCAAGAGCACCAGCUCGCACUGCCUCCGCCGCUGCAGCACCCAUGAGGACUCCUCCACCUCUCCCCCUAACAACAGCUCCGGGUCCCCUGGGGAGGAAGAGGAGAAGGAUGGAGGGGUUCUUUUCUACGUUAAUAGGGCCGGUUUUCCCAUUGAGAGCACAACGUGGGAGAGGAUGUGGUCCCAUGUGGCUGCUGUUCACCCUGAGGGCCAGGAGAUGGUGGACAGGAUACGGAAUGCGGCAUACCUUCCCAAGCAUGCCAUUGCUUCAGUUCCGACCUUCAGACCAUCCAUGUCGGUCCCAGAGUGGCUGGUGGCCAUCCAGAACUACAUGAAGGCUCUGCAAUACAACCACACAGGAACACAAUUCUUUGAAAUCAAGAAGAGCCGUCCACUGUGUGGGUUAAUGGAGACAGCAAGAGAGAUGAUCAGGGAGUCCUUGCCAAUCAAAUGUCUCGAAGCCGUCAUCUUGGGAAUCUACCUGACCAACGGGCUGACGUCUCUCGAGCGUUUCCCCAUCAGCUUUAAGACCCAGUUCUCGGGCCACUGCUUCCACCAUGUUGUGCUGGGCGUCUACUGCAACGGCCGCUAUGGAUCACUGGGCAUGAGCCGCCGCCAGGACCUGAUGGACAAACCACUGACCCACCGCACACUGGGAGAACUGGUGGCCGAGUUCGAGAGCUCCUACAAGAGAUACCAGCACACUCUGAAGAAGGUGAAGAUCGGCCUGUAUGUGCCUCAUGACCCCCAUGUCUUCCAGCCAAUCGAAUGGAAGCAUUUGGUGCUGAAUGCUGCCCGACUGGGAGCUCAGGAGAUGAGGAAGGAGCUGGAGAAACACGGUCGGGACAUGAGGAUGAAGAUCCUCAAAUCGUCCAGUGCCCAGUCACCAAUCAAGGAGCGGAGCCGGGGGAAAUCCUUAUCACCACGGCGAAGACAGAGCAGUCCCCAGCGACGCUUCACACACCGCAGAGACAAAUCGCCGGCCUCGGUGGAGAGGAAACCUCCGGAGCUCAGCACGCUCAACGACGGCUACCAGAUCCGCAUCUGAUCCCCCUCCUUCAUGUCCCGGUCAUCCAAGAUCCGUCCAGCCUUCUCGGUCACCCUGAUCCAACAGUCUCUACCUGCCACCGAUGAUUUUAAGAUGGGAGUCACUGCAGCUGGAUCACCUCAUCUGGAUUUGAGACAGACGAGGUGGAUGGCGAACACACAAAUAUGUUAAAAGUGCUUUUCAGAGCUCGAACAGGAAGAACUUCCUCAUACAAAAAGUGACAGUGGGUCUGGUUUUAAUACUUCACGGUGGACAUUGUUUACCCAUUUCGUAGCAUUGAAUCCAGCCUCAUUAUCACACACAGCCUGAGAGUGGCUGCUCUUUCUUUUGCACCGACACAUUUCAGUCACAUAGCUGAAGCGCUUACAGGUGAUUUUAAUUUAUUUUUAGAUUUCCCACAUUUUUAAAGGCUGAGAGCUAUUGUGUCCUGACAGCAGGUGUAACCAAGUAUUUCUGUGACCCAUCAGUGACCAUCUGUCCUUUAGAGAAAGGCUACGACAGGAAGUGAGAGAUCUUUGUUGGUACAAAUAGAUGGAACACUUUCUUCAGUGUAGCCAUGGUGGAAGAGUCUCAACAAAAAGAUGUUAGCUACUUUCAGCACAAAGAACAACUAAAAACAGAUUAAUUUGUUGGUGGUUUUGGCAUGUCAUUGUGUAUAAUAAUCAGUUAACAUAAUGACACUUCUAAAGCACAAUUUCAGCUAUAGGAGUGAGGAUGACUAAAGGUUUUCAUUUUGUUAGCACCUUGGCUUCAUGUUCAAGAAAAAUAUUAUUAAAAGAAUGUUUAAGGUACAUUUUAACUUUUCCAAAACCUUCCCAAGCUGCAGCAGUUGAAACACGAUGACUAAAUAGAUUUCCAAAUGCAGAUUCUAUUGAUCAGCGUCUAGAAAAAGGAGAGGACAUUCAAUAUGGUAUGCAGGGAAAUCAAAGACAGAGUCGAUAGAGAGGAAAAAGAAGGAUAAAAGAGAACAAGAGAAGGGCUGACGAGGAGUGAGAAAAGAAGUGAUGUAGAGAGAGGAUUCACUGCAGAACCAUCAUUAGAGCACUGCGGCAACCCCCCCUUCCUUCUCAUUCUCCUCUUCUCUUGCCCUCUGUUGACACAUAACUGAAUACAUUACCACAGCUCUGUUUCCAUCCAGGCUGAGAAUGAAACUCCUCAGACACAGAAGUGGAAUAGAAAGACAAUAUUUUAUGCUAUAUAUGAAGCCAGAAAGGCUGAUAUUCUAUCAAGUUAAAACAGCAAGUCCACAUCGUUAUUUAUUUAACACAUUGAUUUCUGUUAUUUAUUGUUUAACUCAAGGGGAAAGCUUCUGUUGAUGGAUGGAAACUUAGCUGUAGCUUAAGCCUGUAUCUUUUUACAGGUUUUACAGGCUCUACCUGUGUUGUUGCACCUGUUAUAAACAAUCUAGAUCCGUGCACAGGAAUAAUUGGAGGGGUCACUUCUUGAUCAAUGGGAUGAGAACGAUUUGUAAUACUGGACGCUUUCACCUCACCAGGCCUCCAAAAAUCCUUCAAAUAAAAAUAAAAAAUUCGUAAAAAGAAAAAUCAGUCUUCGGUUGUCCUCACUGAACCUGUGAUGAAGUAGACCGUGGCUCCAUUUUUAGGGGUCACAAGGCAGAAAGGCUGGGAACCACUGAUCCAAACCAGUGGGUUUUUUAGGGCUCAAAGAAGUGAAAGUAUUCAGUAUUACACAAGAAAAGAAGCUAAUACUAGACAAAUACCAGAUACCACAUAAUUGUGUGUUCCUUUUUCCUUCUCAUCUCUUUAAUCAGACAUAUAUUGAUAUGUCAACAUGUUUGGUGAAUAAGUGGUGGGUUGAACUUGAAAUACUUUGUGUUCUGAUUUUCAAAAUCCAAUUACUAGUCUUUCCAAAAACAAGUCAGCAGAAGGCUAAUGGAGUUUCGUGCGUGUUGACCAAACUCGGCUGUAGUCAACCCAUGUGUCCACACAGUAAUCUAACAUACUGUUAGCCAGCUGGCUGAUGCAUUCACAGCUGGAAAAUAAAAUCAUUCAGAUGGUCCAAGUUCAGCUGUAGCCAGUUUGUCCACUCAGACAAACAAGGAGUGAAGGCAGAUGUUGUUGGCUGAGUGAACACACUGCAACAAAGGUCUCAUUCAGGGCAGAUUUAUGUGGCAGAGGGAUGUAAGACUCCGUGCGCUGUCAGUCGAUAUUAAAGGCAGUCAAGACAGCGGGCUCAGGGCCCUUAGAUGGCUCUAAGAUGAUUGUUGGGUCACAAAAUGACAAAAACAGAUAAACCAAACACUGACUCUGGAGAGCCAGCGGAGGUUCUCCGACACGAUUCAGUUUGUUGCAACCUGCAACUAAAUCUAAAUGUUUGUGUCAAAACAGAUUUUCAAUCAAUAACUCAUAUUCUCAGUUCUUUGCUGGAGGCAAAUAAGAGUCAGGAAAUCACAAAAGUUCUCGAUCAAUUGUCUUUUUGCUCUGUGACGCUUUGGUACUAAGUGACCUAUGAGAAUCCAUUCAGUACUAUAUGCACUGUUUCACGCUCGUACGCGUGAUGUAUCAUGUUUGUUGGAUUCGCCUGUUGAGGCCUUCGAUGAAGAAGCUGCGAAGCUUGAAAUCUCACAUCACACACAUCCAGUACGACAUUCAUAGUUGAUUUUAACCAGUCUGAUACAAAUGCUUGAAAUGAAUAUCACAUAUCGUAGGCAGACAUAAAACAGUGUUCGGUUCUUACUAAACAGUACAGAAACCUGAAAUCAGAUAUUCAACACAUGCUGUUACAUCCUGUACUUAGGUACAGUAAAUACAUAUGUACAUCUAAAUGCAUCUAUGUGUAUUCAUGUUUGUUACAUCCACAGAAUGUACUGUAAAGCCUUCAGAAUGACAACUAUAUAAGUCAGCUUUAAUAAAGAAAAGAUGUGUUCGUAAGUACAUCACAGCCCUCCACCCCUGACCACCUCUAUUCACAGAAUUAAGUCCAUAAUUUAAGAAAAAGCAACUUUCAAGACUAGCUUUGUAACGGUUUGGCUACUUGAUGAACUGUCUGCUUUUAGGAUACUGACUUAUAUAGUUUUCAUCUGGAGGAUUAACAUGGUGGAAAAUUGUGUUUCCCAAAGUCAAGUGCAAAGAUCUUUGUUCAGUUAAGCUGCACCGGGGAACUUUAGAUUUUUGGUCAUAUUUAAAGGCACUUUAGUGCCAUAGCACUAGUAGCGCUAUGGAGCAAUGUUUUUAAGAGUUCCUGUUUUGUUAGUAUCUCAUGCAUGCUGUCUAGGAUGCUACUUCACCAUGCUAGUGGCAGGAAUGUGCCAAGAAGUGUGCCAACAAAAGCAAGGAAGGCUGCUAGCAAACAAACAUGUAUGUAAACUAAAGUUCUCCCAAAAAUCAUCUCAAUUAAUUGAUGAGAAAGGAAAUUAAUUAUGCCUCAAUGAUACACAAAAUCCAUUUUGGUGAGGAAUGGUGAAAGUAAACCCUUUUGAUGUGAAUUGGAACCUGUCUCAGCAGCCACUUUGGGAUUUAAACUGAUGCAAAUGGUGUGUUUUUAUUCUUCCUGGUGCAACUUUAACUAAAUGAUCUUACAUACCUUUAAAUUUUAGGGAAAAACAAGAGCAGCCUCAUUUUACUUUUUGUUGAUUUGGUUACAUCAAUCAUCAGCAGGAGGAUUCCAGGAGUGUUUGUACAGAUUGUUUCUGAAUAUUGUCAUUCGAUUGUUUUAUUACUUUUCUUUGAAUGUUUCACGGCGUCUUCUCGCUCACAGAACAAGUGUGUGUUGUUGCCAACUGAAAACUACAUUUUACCCUAGCUUUUUGACUCAACAACAAGCUAUGCAUACGCUGUGAUAGAGAGCAGGUUACGAGGAAAAAAUCUAAAAUCCUAGUCUUCCACAAUUCAAGCGAUGGAGGAAGAAUGUGUGCGGCUCGAUCUACACACACAAAAAAACAUCUGUGCCGAAAUGAAUCUUGGUCGUUUAGAAUAAUUGUACUCGCCAAGUAUAACCAGGACCUUCUGGGAGCUUUCUUCACGACAUAUAAACAGCUUUCCUUCGGCGUAGAUCCAGCCUGAGCCAUUAUCACUGAUUCAAGGUGCUGUGAGAAAAAGCAGAAUAUUUUUACAUAUUUCUGAUGUUGCAGUGGACCAUAGCACAGCCCAGAGAGGGAGAUCAAACCAUCACAUCUCCAACUCUGGCACAAACCAACCAGCUCAACCUGUUAGUAUUUGUAUCGAAGGUUAAGUGUUGAUAAUUUCUAACGGCUUGGUGUUUGUUAGCAUACAGAAGAAGCACAAAUGCUGCUUUGCUUUUUGAGUAUUUAAAAUCCUCUUUCACUCCGUAGUUGUGGACAAAAAGACAAAGACUUAAUGCAUUUUCAUACUGAAGAAGCAACGUUGUUCAGGAAAGAAUAACGCUUAUUUUCUGACUGAUGUUCACAUAUUUUUGGAACAAUACAAAUGGAGAUUCAGAUAACAGUUACCAAGGACCUAAAGUUCACAUGUUUCUCUUGACGCACAGAUGACCAUGAACAUUUGGAUUUAAAGACAAACAUCAAAACUGCAGUUCUGGAGAUUUUACCCAACAACAGUGGAAAAACUACCUGGGCUCAGCAAGGACACUGAGAUGUGUUAAGUGAGACCGAGAAAAGACAAACAAACUGAUAACUCAAUGUAGCAACUGAAAUCUGUUUUUAUGUCCGUUUGCAAUAGAGACAUCUGUGCUUAACAAAAAAACUAUAAGAUAAAUUGUCUUGUUAGUUUUAUUUUUUUGAUUCUGACAUUUUGGUUUGAUUCAUUGAUUGUACUGUAUAUCAUUUUGAAUGAAAAAACAUUUGUUAUAAAAAAAAAAAAAAGAUCACCAUGUAGUUGUAGCAGGUGUUUUUGAUGGCCUUUGAUUCGUUUCCAAAGUGCUGAUACCACGUUUCUCAACUCCAUCUUUAGUCCUAAACUUGCAGUACUGUUCUAAUGUCAGCAAUUAAUAGCCAUGUUUUACCACAAAUUUAACAACACAAUGAUCUUGAAUCUCUGCUUUGGCUUACUGCAGGCAGUGACAUCAAUAAUCAAAUUGAAUGAUAGAAUAUGAAGUCUGUUACCUGGUCGGAUGCUAAUCCAUUAAAUCCAGGUUGCAUAUGAUGAUGAAUUUUUUAUUUUUUUUUUGCUGGACAAAAAAAAAAA